CUAAAUCUACGACACACUGGUGUCCGGCGCGGAGAGUCCCCGUUCUACUCUCUGAGUAACGCGAGCGUGCACACACCGACGUAUAUCAGCCGGCACAAAUGACCGACGCAAAAAUAACCGGUUCAUAGAUCGCAGCAAGAUUGCAGUAAGAGUUCCGAGUGCUUCGAGAUAGAUCAUGGUCGCAGCGAUCGGAUCUGCCUUGACAGGCAGAGCACAGCUAAGAGCUAGACGCGACUGAGCUCGGUCGCCAACAUUGUUUCCUCGUUAGCGUUAGUUUCCUUGUUGGAAUGCUAACGGCUCACUGGUCGCCGCCAUACUCGCUGUAAUCUAAUCGGGAUCGCCAGGCUUCUCUUGGGAUUCAGACGCACGCGCCUAGCCUCGUCGCUUUCGUCGGGCAUGAUAAGGCGACGCUCGCUGGCUGGUAUCGGCUGAAGCUAUGAACCCAAACUCGGGAACUUGAACGACUCCCAGUAGGUCGAAGUCGCACGGAACCGUUGGCGCUUUGCACCUAGGCCGCGCGGUUUUCCUCUUUUUCUUUCUUCAGAGAAAACUCUUGCCCGAGCUGCGCCCACAGGUGUGCCGCGAUCGUUACGCAGAUCGUGACACGGUUUACAAGUUGGCGCCGUUGCGUGGCGAUGGGAGAUCCCGCUGCUCCGCAAAUGCAUGCCUUCGCGUUUCCGUAUACCCGCUUCUAGGAGCGCGACGUUUACCGCCGUUUCUAAUUAUUGAUCGUCCGCACACGUACGCAUGUACUAAUGAAAUGUUUGUUCGUUUCAUUACAUUCAGGAAGAUUCUCAAGAAGCCCCGAGAAAGUUUGUUCGGUGUCGGACGCAAAAACGUGAACGGUAUUGACAAUAUUUAUAUCGGCAGUGCAUGGAAUAUUUUGCGACCGUUGCAUCCAUUAACAAUUUAUCGAUACCGCCAAUUUGAUAAAUUUAUCAGCCGCAACCGACAAUAAAUAUUAAUAAUCGCGGAAUCAAUAAUUUCAACGAACGGGAAACUUUCUUCAAGCAGAGUCUACAUUAUUGUGCUGCGUCGCGAGCUGAACUUGACCGCGAACCGAUUACUAUCGAAUCGAACGAUUUCGAACCGUUUCGACGCGAUAGUAAUGAGUUCACGGCCAGCUCGCGACGCAGUCCGAUAAUAUGAACUCUGCUUUACGCUUCGCGGAGGAGACGAGAAUGGACGCGCGAAUAUCCUCAUUCGCAGGCGUUCCGCUCACUGGUGCACGCAGGUGCACGCGUACCCGUGUGUCCUUGGCUACAUUGAAGCGACAUGUACAAGCGCAAAACGCUUACGAUGCGAUGACAAAUGUUUGUCGCGACGAAAAGGAGAGAAAAACGAGCCCGUAGCGGUUUCCGGUGUCGCGUUAAUACCGGGAGACCUACUUUGGUCUCGGCAAUGUAUCCACUGUCUUAACACGUGGGUCCGGUUCAUUACUGAGAGAGCAAAGUUGAAGCAAAAUGGUCGAAUGGCGAUACUAAAUUAACACCCUCGCUACCGCCAUGUGGUAAAAAAAAAACCGUUUACCACAGACCACUCUCCGUUUUUCUUACUUUUGAUGCUAACAAGAUAGACUUUAUUUGAAAUUAUAGCGGUGAAAGGAAAGAUCGUUGCAUGUGUGACACUGGUCUCUCUGUCAUCGAUGCGUCACACUGAACGUGUCAAGAAUUAAAAAUGAAAACUCUCGAUGACUCUAAUUUUUAAUAAUUUUUAGCGGUCAUUUGAUCGUAAUUAGCCUCCAGUACCGGACGAAUUAACUACUAAUCGGCCCAUUACAAUCACGGGCGUUUGUGUUUUGCGUGUCGAAUGCAACUCUGCGCUGCAUUCUCGCAAACGCGCUCCGCAGCUGAGCGAGCAUCGUUCUCCCGCGAACCUUGCUCACAAGACUUAAUAAUCGCUUGCAAAAUCGUUUAACCGAUCAGUUAUCGUGCGCAUUAACUUUGCUUUGCGCAUGCAAAGAUUUCCCCGACUCAAAGGGAGAGAAAGCGCAUAACGGGAACUCGGCUUGUUGGCUCUCCCGCGUUUUAAUUGGAGCCCAUAGCGUUUAGAGAACGCGGACAAUACGGCUGCCAAGAAAUUCCCCGUGAAGGCCAAUGAAUCAUGUACUGGGACAAAAGGCCUUAACCGGAAACGGCCGGCCUCGCCUUGGUUUCCUUCAAUGUACACUUUAUAUUUCUUCGUUGUUCGCACAAUAAUCUUAUCUCUCUAUUGUCUUAUCUCGCAUUGCAAUCUUGUAAUAAUUUUCUUUAAAUAUCGAUUCGAUAGUGCCCAGUGGGAGAUAUAUUAAUUUAUAGUUGCCACUAAUAGCCGAGCAACAAAACAAUGGGAACGGGAAAUUAUAAUGCAAAUACGACGUGUCAAAACGUCACGUUUUCACGGAAAGACCACGCAUCACAGGCUUUCAGACUAUUAACUUGUCAUAUUUUCGUGUGUCAUAGAUAGAUGCAUAUAAUAAAAAAGCGCUUCUGCGCAUGCGAAUAUUGGAGGAUUAAAAAUACUAAAAAGCCGGAACGAAUAUAUGUUACAAUCCAAUAACACACAAAAGGCAGCGACACUUAUACGUAAAGAGAUGCACGCACCCGCACCGCGCGGGACAGUUUCUUUUGAUGUCCCCACCGGGAAUCUACGGUACAUACGAGCUAAAUCGAGCAAACAGCCACGCCACGAGCCUAUCUUCAGCCGGCUGUGUUGAUAGUGCAUCGAUCGAUCGCGAAGGCAAAGGCUACGCGAGUCCAAACAACAAGCGCUCCGUUCAGAUUUAUCGGUCGGCGUGUAAAGGCCAGUAAAGGCAGAAGUGUCCGUUACGUUUGCUCCGCGCGAGAUUCAGGAGGAAAUAAACGCGCGUACUUCCCGGGGAUUUCGGGAUUAAAGGCGCGGCGAUCUCAAAAGUCCUCCUGUCAAGGAGAGGAGGAAACGAGCGGGAGAGUUCGCCGGUUCCGGCUCGCGCCUCAUGAAUAAUUGAGCGACGAAGAGGAACGCCGGAUUAUCAUAAUGCGUGAAUGACGCCGCGCGAAAUCUUCAUCAAGCUGGUGCAUCGGAAGCGAUAGCCUCGCCGAGGGCCGACCAGAAAGAGGACGAACACGAAGCUUGUUUACAGGAGCCAGCCGCCCCGACCAGUCCGGAAAUGGGUUGUUGCGGGUGUGCGGACGAGCCUUCGUCCAAGGUGGAACCCACGACACCUCAGGGUUCACCGCCCGCCUACUCGGAGCAGAUCUUCGUGAAAGACCGAUCAUGUACAGACUUCUUUGCUGUGAUCAUCAUACUCGCGCUCGCGGGUGGCUUCGCCUUCAUGAUGACGAAUGUUGUGAAGAAGGGUGAUAUUUACCGUGUCAUAAAUGGCUACGACGAUAACGGCAACGUCUGCGGCCGUGUAAACUUGAGGGAGAACAAUCCGAAUUUUCCGCGCAGAGGCGGUGACUAUACCCAUACGCCGUAUCUCGAGGUGGACAUUGGAGUUAACGGAGUGAAGAGCCGUAAAUGCGUGGCGAAUUGCACUUCUGCGGACAGAAUAUUAAUCUUCAAUCGCUGUGUGCACAAAAAGGAGACCGACACCAUUAACUCUAUAAUAAGGACUCUUCGAUUGGACAGUUUUUAUAGGGAAGCAGUGACCGAUCUGGGAAUUGCAUGGCGCGAAUUGGUAUACCUUUUACUUAUAGCACUGGCACUUUCGCUCGCUAUCCUGGUCGCCUUCCGCUACAUGGUGCAAUAUGUCAUUUAUAUCGUAUUGAUCGGCGCAAUUGUGGCCAGUAUCGGCGGCACGACGUAUCUCUGGAUGACGUGGUACCAUGAGAAGAAGGAUGUUGAGAACCACGAGAUAAUGCCAGAGGAUUCCAGCGUGCAACCGUACUUUAUCUACGCCGUGAUUAUGUCCGUCGUUACUGUAAUCGUCCUCCUGGUGGUUCUGGUCAUGCGAAAGAGGAUCCAACUGGUGAUGCAGCUGUUCCGAGAGGCGGGCAAAGCCGUGUGCGCGAUGCCGGUGCUGCUGUUCCAGCCGAUUUUCACAUACCUGCUGAUCGGCUGUACGGUGGUGGCCUGGAUCUACUGCAUGCUGUGGAUCGAGAGCGCCGGCGAUAUUUAUAUAAAUCGGAAAAAUCAUACUCACUUCAAAAAGGAUGCGCUGCUGCUUGCAACCAGGUGGUACAACCUGUUCCUGUUCUUCGUAGCGUGCGAGUUCUACCUGGGCUGCCAGCACAUGGUUGUCGCUUGCGCCGUUGCCCGAUGGUUUUUUACGAGAGAUAAAAAACGCCUUUCUCUACCAGUGAUAAAAGGCUUCUGGUAUCUUGUAAGGUAUCAUAUGGGUACCGUCGCUUUUGGGGCCUUGAUAAUAGGCAUUGUUCGCCUGAUCAGAGCCAUCAUAUCCUUCAUCCAAAAUCGACUGAAGAGUUACAAUAACGCCUGCGUGAAUGGGAUAAUGUGGUGUUGUCAAUGUUGCAUGUGGUGCUUCGAAUGCGCCCUGAAAUUCCUCACUAGGAAUGCUUACAUCGAAACAGCCAUAUACGGAUGCAACUUCUGCACAGGCGGAAGGAAGGCAUUCCAAGCACUGUCCAGCAACAUUUUGCGAGUAGCGGCGAUUAACAGCGUCGGCGACUUUGUCCUGUUUUUGGGGAAAGUCCUCGUCGUUACCCUUACGGUUGUCUCUGGCAUCUAUUUAAUGCAGGUACGAAUAAAUCAAUUAUAUAUAUUAUUAUAUCUAAUUUUUGUUCAAUUUCAUCUUGCUCUUGUUUCGCAGAAAAAAGACGGGCUUCAUCAUCCUUGGAUUCCCAUAACACUCGCGGGUAUAUUUGCAUUCUUGGUCGCACAUUGCUUCAUAUCCAUCUAUGAGAUGAUCAUCGACACGAUAUUCCUGUGCUUCUGCGAGGAUUGCGAGAAGAAUGACGGCAUCAGCCGGCCUUACUUCAUGAGCCGCGGUUUAAUGGAAUUCGUGGAGAACAGUAAGAAAGCUCUGAGGCAGCUGGACGUCCCGAACACGUAACAAGCUCGCAGAUCGAUCCGACGCUCUCGUCGAUGGGAUGCACCACGGAUAAUCGUUUCCAAGAUUCGAUGUUCAAUGUGGAAGAUGUGGACCGGCGCGAGACCUGUUCGCGUCCGAGGUUUACGUAGAACAUUAUACGGAUGCGUCUCAGGAGCAGGAUCGCGCAAGAGACGGAGGUUUUUCUUCACAUACGCACAAGCUGUCUUCUCUUAGUGUGUAGCACUAUCGAUGUUACCGAGGUCUUUCCAUGCCGAGACGAAGAGAUCGGUCAGCACGAUCGAGCGUCCCGAUCGGGCCUGACGGAGCCGAUCGCGUCACGAACAAACGCCAGGAAUCAUUCUCUAUUUUCGAAGUUCCUAUCUUUCUAAAAGUAUUUUUUAUAUAAAGAGGAAGCUCGUUUUCUACGCGACCGCAGCUGAAAUCGGCUGUCGCGACUGACAGUCCAAACUUGCGUAUGUAUUUCGUGUUGAUCACAACCGAACGACGAGUUGAUUUGUGAGAAGGUUGCCUGCCUACUUCAUUCUAGGGAAUAAGUUUACACGCACAAGACCAUGCAUUGUUACAGUUGUAAUAUUACCGCCGCUGUACAUACUUCCUUUCCUAUGUUAUGGACAAGUGCCUACUUGUUACCGCGUAACAUUUCGUACCUUUCAUUUCGGAAUCAACGCCGUUUUACGGCGCACGAUUGUCGAGAAUAGCUCGCUGUCAGUAGCGAUAUAUGGGAUAAUUAUGGAUUUAUUCGGAAACGUUUCUGAACGGAAAUUCCUCUUCUCGUUUAAUUAUUCUGUUAAAAAUAUCCAUUAUACUAUUUGUAAUUUCGUUUAUAAGUAUUACAUUAGAUUAUUCGUACAAGUUUGAUUUGAAAGUUUCCGGCGCGAGCCAGCGAUAAUUCUAUUCUGAUCGGAAUGUAUUAAUUAACGUUGCAUUCAGUAAAUUAAUAUUUGAAAGGAAAAUUGGUGUCACAACGCCUUCGUCCAACGUCAUGUUGGAUUUUUAUUGAGUUAUUUAUGUAACGAUGGUAAGUAAGUAUUGAAUAUUUUGUACUUUUUUUUUAUUGCCGUUUUGUGUAUGUUGCUUUGUAGCUUUUAGUUAGCCUACAUAAGCGCACGUAUGAAAGUAUAAUAUAGCGGUACGUCUUUUUAUAAAACAUGUCAUUAAUUUUUUGCAUUCAAUUAUUCAUAAUUUCUCUCCUUGUGAUGUAUUGGUAUAUCAUAAUUAGUUGCAAUCGUCGACGAGUGAGACAGCAUCUCACAAUAGUUUCUUCUUGACUGAUAAAAAAUGAAUUAUUUACAUAUAUCCACUUUUCUCAUAUUGUACUAAUUUAUUAUAUAUAUUUUUUUAAGUUUAGAAAUAAGAUAUUCAAAACGUAAUACUUCUUAAAAUUAUAAACGAUACAUUCAACUAACUCAAAGCGGAAUCAUUCGGUACGAACAGAAACGUAUUCGAAUCAACCGAGGAUAGUUUCCAAGUUGUGUUACUUCAUAAGAGAAAUAUAUACAAAUAUACAUAAGCGGAAAUUUAUAUUACAUUGUACGUUAUUAUAAUCAAAGAAAUUAUAAAAAUACAAACAUUUUGCGAUCUACCAUGACUGAUUCAUCAAUUCCUUGCACCUAUACGUCCACCUACCAGACGACGUUGGAGAACGCGAAUGCUGAAAAAGAGAUACCCUGGGAGAGGGGUAUGGUGGGACGUGCGACAUUUUCAGGAUGCACAUGUUGUAACUUUAUCAAUUUAAUUUUAUUUCGUCCGAGCACACAGUGCAUGAACGAUCAUGCUUGGUUUACAGAUCUCAUUUUAUGCCGGUUUAGCAAAGUGGUUUUGUGUGUCGUUAACACUCAGCUUGGCAGUAAAUCGGGAUGACGAGUCGGGCGCUACAGGGGUUGACGGCGUGGGGAGGGAGGAGAAGAAAGGGCGAGGGAGGGCAGGUUUGGUCUGCGUGGUUCAGGCCGAGUAGACAUUAGGACGAGUUUGGAAAAAAUAGAGUAGACCGUUCAGAAAUGAUUCUCUCUCGCACUCGCGAGGCGCAGCGCGCUCGGAGAACGGCGGGGGGAUUGUCGCUUGCUACAGGGGUGG